CGGCAGGGGGCUGAGGUGCGCCGCCAUGCCUCUCCCGCGGUGAAGCGCCCGGGCCGUGAGGAGCCGCUCGGUCUCCCCGGUGAUGUCCCCCAGGCGGCAGGCGAAGGCGACUCACUCGAGCCCUGGGCGAUGGCAGAGGAACAACAACAGCCGCCACCACAGCAGCCUGAUGCCCAUCAGCAGCUUCCCCCCAGCGCCCCCAACUCGGGGGUGGCUCUGCCAGCCCUUGUGCCUGGGCUGCCAGGGACAGAGGCCAGCGCGCUGCAACACAGGAUCAAGAACUCCAUCUGCAAAACUAUACAAUCUAAAGUGGACUGCAUUUUGCAAGAAGUUGAGAAGUUUACAGACUUAGAGAAACUCUACCUCUACCUUCAGCUGCCUUCUGGUCUCAGCAAUGGAGAGAAAAGUGAUCAGAAUGCCAUGUCAUCUAGUCGGGCACAGCAAAUGCAUGCCUUUUCUUGGAUUCGGAAUACCCUAGAGGAGCAUCCUGAGACUUCACUGCCCAAACAGGAAGUCUAUGAUGAGUAUAAGAGCUAUUGUGACAAUCUUGGUUACCAUCCAUUAAGUGCUGCUGACUUUGGAAAGAUCAUGAAAAAUGUCUUUCCAAACAUGAAGGCACGUCGUCUGGGCACGAGAGGCAAAUCUAAAUAUUGCUACAGUGGACUAAGAAAAAAAGCUUUUGUUCAUAUGCCAACACUGCCCAAUCUUGAUUUUCACAAAACUGGAGAUGGGUUGGAAGGAGCUGAACCUUCUGGGCAGCUUCAAAAUAUUGAUGAGGAAGUUAUCUCUUCUGCUUGCCGUCUUGUGUGUGAGUGGGCCCAGAAAGUGUUAAGCCAGCCAUUUGACACAGUUUUGGAAUUAGCCCGCUUCCUUGUAAAAAGUCACUAUAUAGGCACCAAGUCAAUGGCAGCUCUCACUGUAAUGGCAGCUGCACCACCAGGAAUUAAAGGAAUUACCCAGCCUUCUGCUUUUGUACCUACAGCUGAAAGUAAUUCCUUUCAGCCACAAGUAAAGACUUUGCCAUCUCCUAUUGAUGCUAAACAGCAGUUGCAACGGAAAAUCCAGAAGAAGCAGCAAGAACAGAAACUACAAUCCCCCUUACCGGGAGAAUCCUCAGCAAAAAAAUCAGAAGGCGCUACAACCAAUGGAGUGACUAAUCUUUCUAACGGAAAUCCUGCAAUCCUCUCUCCUCAGCCUAUUGGUAUCGUUGUGGCAGCUGUCCCUAGUCCCAUUCCGGUCCAACGGACCAGGCAGUUGGUAACUUCACCAAGUCCAAUGAGUUCUUCUGAUGGCAAAGUUCUUCCCCUCAAUGUACAGGUGGUCACUCAGCACAUGCAGUCUGUGAAACAGGCACCAAAGACUCCUCAGAACGUUCCAGCCAGUCCUGGUGGGGAUCGUUCUGCCCGGCACCGCUACCCUCAGAUCUUACCCAAACCAGCCAACACCAGUGCACUCACCAUCCGCUCUCCAACUACUGUUCUCUUUACUAGUAGUCCUAUCAAAACCGCUGUUGUCCCCACUUCACACAUGAGUUCUCUAAAUGUGGUGAAAAUGACAGCAAUAUCCCUCACACCCAGCAACAGUAGUGCCCCUCUUAAACAUUCUGCCUCAGUAAACAGUGCUACAGGAACAACAGAAGAAUCAAGGGCCAUUCCACAGAUCAAGAAUGGUUCUGUUGUUUCACUUCAGUCUCCUGGAUCCAGGACCAGCAGCACGGGGGGACCAUCUGCUGUGGAAGUCAAAACAGAACCUGAGACAUCAUCAGAUGAGCAUCCUGUACAGUGCCAAGAGAACUCUGAUGGGACUAACACUCCCAAAACAGCACCUAGUGCCCUUUCAGGGCAGAAAAGUAAUACAGAUGGAGUAGUACAAAAACCCGCAAAUGAAGAUGUCGUUGAAAUAAAAGCAACUAAGGUCUGUGACCAGAGGACCAAAUGUAAAAAUCGCUGUAAUGAAAUUAUGCCAGGCACUUCAACAGGCAAUAAUCAAAGCACUGUCACUCUCUCAGUUGCCACUCAGAACCUAACUUUCACCAGCACCAGCUCACCAUCCAAUGGUGACUCAAUAAAUAAAGACCUUAAAUUAUGCACUAAAAGUCCAAGAAAGCGACUGUCUUCUGCAUUACAAGAGUCCCAGGUGCCUCCCUUAAAGAAACCAAUUGUGGAACAGCUUUCUGCAGUUACCACAGAGGGUCAAAAACCAGGCAGUGUUAAGAAGGACCAAAAGGUUCCACAUUCAGGGAAAACAGAAAGUUCAGCAGCAGGUGCUCAGCUUCCUAGUCAGAUACCAACAAAUGUUAACUCACACAUCAUGGCAAAUCAGCCCUUGAAUUCCUCUGCUCUUGUUAGCAGUGAUUCAGCUUCAGAACCACAAACCACACCAUCAUCAUCUCCAGAUAUAAAAGUAAAGCUUGAAGGCAGUGUCUUUCUCUUGGACAGUGAUUCAAAAUCAGAUGGCAGCUUUAAUCCAAAUGAAUGGCAGCAGGUCACUAAGGAUUCUGAGUUUAUAUCUGCCGGCUGUGAACAACAGCAAGAUAUCAGUGUUAUGACAAUUCCGGAGCACCCUGAUAUCAACGACUUAGAGAAAUCUGUUUGGGAAUUAGAAGGAAUGCCACAGGACACAUAUUCCCAACAGAUACAUAGCCAGAUACAAGAAUCUUCUUUGAAUCAAAUACAAGCACAGUCUUCAGAUCAGUUACCUCUACAGUCUGAUCUGAAGGAGUUUGAGCCUUCUGUUUCCCAAACAAAUGAAAGCUACUUUCCUUUUGAUGAUGAGCUUACACAGGAUAGUAUUGUGGAAGAGCUGGUGCUUAUGGAGCAGCAAAUGUCAAUGAACAAUUCUCAUUCUUAUGGCAACUGUUUGGGAAUUACACUUCAGAAUCAAUCAGUAACCCCAGGAGCUCCAAUGUCAUCUCAUGCCUCCAGCACCCACUUCUAUCAUCCAAUCCAUAGCAAUGGCACUCCAAUCCACACACCCACUCCUACUCCCACUCCCACUCCCACCCCCACCCCAACCCCAACCCCAACAUCUGAAAUGAUUGCUGGGUCUCAGAGUCUGUCACGGGAGAGCCCUUGCUCCAGGCUAGCCCAGACCACACCUGUGGAUAGUGCUUUAGGAAGUAGCCGACAUACACCCAUUGGUACUCCACAUUCUAACUGCAGCAGUAGUGUCCCUCCCAGCCCUGUUGAAUGCAGGAAUCCAUUUGCAUUUACCCCAAUAAGCUCCAGUAUGGCAUACCAUGAUGCCAGCAUUGUCUCAAGUAGUCCUGUGAAACCAAUGCAAAGACCCAUGGCCACACACCCUGACAAAACCAAGCUCGAAUGGAUGAAUAAUGGGUAUAGUGGGGUUGGUAAUUCAUCAGUUUCAGGCCAUGGCAUUCUCCCUAGCUAUCAGGAACUAGUGGAAGACCGUUUCAGGAAACCUCAUGCUUUUGCUGUGCCUGGACAGUCUUAUCAGUCUCAAUCCAGACAUCAUGACACUCAUUUUGGUCGCUUGACUCCUGUCUCUCCUGUACAGCAUCAAGGUGCCACUGUAAAUAACACCAACAAACAGGAGGGUUUUGCCGUGCCUGCCCCUCUUGAUAAUAAAGGAACUAAUUCAUCUGCCAGCAGCAACUUCAGGUGCCGGAGUGUGAGCCCUGCUGUUCAUCGCCAACGUAAUCUUAGUGGAAGCACCCUCUACCCAGUAUCUAAUAUCCCCCGAUCUAAUGUGACCCCCUUUGGAAGUCCAGUAACCCCAGAAGUUCACGUUUUCACAAAUGUUCACACAGAUGCAUGUGCCAACAACAUAGCCCAGAGAAGUCAAUCAGUUCCAUUGACAGUCAUGAUGCAAACAGCCUUCCCAAAUGCUCUUCAGAAGCAAACAAACAGUAAAAAAAUAACCAAUGUUUUGUUGAGUAAACUUGAUUCUGACAAUGAUGAUGCAGUGAGAGGUUUGGGCAUGAACAACCUGCCCUCCAAUUACACAGCCCGGAUGAAUCUCACUCAGAUUUUGGAAACUUCCACUGUCUUUCCUAGUGCCAAUCCGCAGAAUAUGAUCGAUUCCAGCACUUCUAUUUAUGAAUUCCAAACACCAUCUUACCUCACCAAAAGUAAUAGCACCGAUCAGAUCAGUUUUUCUCCUGGAGAUAAUCAAGCACAAUCAGAAAUUGGAGAGCAACAAUUAGAUUUCAAUAGCACUGUUAAAGACCUGUUGAGUGGAGACAGCUUGCAAACCAACCAGCAGCUGGUAGGUCAGGUACCAUCUGAUCUCUCUAAUCCUGCGUCUGAUUUCUCUAGCGAUAUCAGGUUGUCUUCAGAGCUCUCAGGCAGCAUCAAUGAUUUGAACACUUUAGACCCAAAUCUACUGUUUGAUCCAGGUCGUCAGCAGGGACAAGAUGAUGAAGCCACACUGGAAGAAUUAAAGAAUGACCCAUUAUUUCAACAAAUUUGCAGUGAAUCCAUGAGCUCUAUGACUUCAUCAGGUUUUGAAUGGAUAGAAAGCAAGGACCAUCCUACUGUUGAAAUGUUGGGUUAAAUUGUGUUUUAUAAUAUGUAGCACACUGUAUCUAAAGACAUAUGUAUUGUAUUUGUCUUAAUGGAAGUGCCUCCCGCAGCAGAAACACUUACUAUUAAUUGUGACAUUUUAAAAGAGUUUGCUGCAGAAGUGGUUUCUUCUUCAGUAGGAAAUGGUUAGACUCGCCUCAGUUCUUAACAAGUUUCUGAAGAGAGUAGGCUGUAGAAAAACAAGUAUUAGGUUUUAAAUUUUAUAAUGUUCCCCAUUUAAUCACAUUGUUUGCUAGUAAACAAAAAACUAACCAGCUUUUACAAGAGCAGUCUAGAUCUUUAUUUUGUAUAAGUUCGUUUUAAUUCAUUGGUUGAUCUGCACAGAUUUUAGAAGAAACCAUUGAUUUUAGGUAUAGGAUAUUUUUUGUUGGCAUUAUGUUUUAGAUAUGAAAUCAUAGCUAAACUGAACUGUAGACAAGAAGGUCUUCCUUGAAACAGGGAUGAUAUUCAGGUUAUUAUAAGUAUUUAGGCUUGAAGCAUAGAGCUACUGUAGAAUAAAAAAAAAAAAUCUCUGUAGGACUUUCUGGGACUUCAGUACCAUUUGCACCUGCAA